CUGUAUUAAUUAUGAGAGCAGAAUGUGUUUAUGGACAUUCCUUCCCAUAGUUUCUUUCCUCCACCAGUGGCUUAAGAUGCCGUUAUCCAAUAGCAUCGCAAUUGGCGCCAAGGUUCCAAUCGCCAUUACUUCGCCACCAAAUGUGACGGCUGUCAAUUGCAAGAUUCCUUCUGUCAAAACAAUCAGAUUCGCAAAGUUCAAGAGACUCGGAUUGUUCACUUGUUCGGCAUCGAGUGACGAUAGUUCCUUGGUUCAAUUGGGCAUGCCAUUUCCCAGGGAUUAUUCAGAGCUACUCGAGCAAGCCAAAACAGCAACUGAGUUGGCUCUGAAAGAUGACAAAAAGUUAAUGGAAAUUGAAUUUCCACCAUCUGGUCUUGAAUCUGUACCAGGUGAUGGUGAAGGAGGAACAGAAAUGACUGAAAGCAUGCAGCUUAUUCGUGAAUUUUGUGAUCGGCUCAUAAGUCCUGAGAAAGCUGCACGAACUAGAAUAUUUUUCCCAGAGGCAAGUGAAGUUAAAUUUGCAAGGAAUUCAGCUUUUGAAGGAGCCUCCCUUAAGUUGGACUAUCUGACAAAGCCAUCGUUUUUUGAAGAUUUUGGAUUUUCUGAAAAGGUCAAGAUGUCAGACCGUGUGAAACCAGAAGAUGAGCUUUUCUUAGUUGCCUAUCCGUAUUUCAAUGUGAAUGAGAUGCUUGUGGUGGAAGAGCUCUAUAGAGAAGCUGUUGCAAACACUGCUCGAAAAUUGAUUAUAUUUAAUGGAGAACUUGACCGCAUAAGAUCCGGGUAUUAUCCACCAUUCUUCUAUCCUAAGCUGGCUAAUCUCUCCAAAACCCUCCUGCCUAUGAUGGAGACUGUCUACUACAUUCACAACUUUAAGGGUCGCAAUGGAGGCACCCUUUUCAGGAGCUACCCUGGUCCUUGGAAAGUCCUUAGGAAAGUGGGGAACAAAUAUAUUUGUCUCCACCACCAGGAAGUUAUGCCAUCGCUUAAGGAAGUUGCGUUGGAUAUCCUGCCAUCAGGUUGAGGUUUGAUAAAGGUUCUGGUAAGCAAAGUCAGUCUCCUAUAAUGAUUGUUGUUGACAAAAUGUGCAUUUCAAUCUAUGAACUAUGCUCCCAUUUGACAAAUUAAUGCCUCUGAGAUGUUUGAUUUUACUAGUUGACUUUGCAUUAUUCUUUCCAUGAUUUGGCUAUAUUAGCUAUCUCUAAAAGCUGUAUCUUGUCAUAUGCUGAACUUGUUGUGAGACUAACUGAUUAUUGUCUCGGUUGAUGCUCUGUCCAUGACAUUAUCAGUGAAAUUGAAAUCAUUGUUGCGCUUAACGACGAAGAUGAGACGGGAGAGUAUUAUUGUGAUGCUUGCAAGACCAGAAGAAGCCCUAACCAUUUCAUGUAUUAUUGUGCAGAAUGUGACUUUGCAGCUCAUAUAGUCAUAUGGAUUGUGUAUUGUCUGAGGUAUGCAUGAUUCAACGUGUGCUUCUCCUUUUCUGGACGCAUGCAUGGAAUCCUUUCCUAUACUUCAAACAGACACAAAAUUAUGUUGAAUGAUGUUCAGUCGAUGAUUUUUAAGUUUAUACUGCUUUAUUUUGAAAUACUCGACUCUUUUUUAUCGACUCAUUUGUAUUUUCAGGUUUAUGGGUUUAAUGGACACUAUCUGUGAUUCUUUUGUGGACGUAUCUUUAUAUCCUCAUUAGGCUUGCAUAGUUUUGGUUUAUUCUUGCAGACCUUUGCUGCUAAAUGCCCAUUUUAGGUUGUAAUUUCCUU